UCCCGUCAUGUGCCGCGUUUCCAGUUUGGUUCAAUAACCCUCAGCUCUCGCACUGUGCACAUUGCUCCAGCGCCCCUGCUCAUCGCUGCCCCGGCGCCGGGCCCAGUAUUACCGGGAAGGAGAAAUCGGGCAGCAGUGCUGGUGAAGGGGGAAAGGGAACACACAGUACAUGUGCCCGUGCAGUGCGAUAAGGCGGAGGGGAAAAGCGCAGGUAGUGUGGAGCUGUGUGUGUAGAGGAGAGAGCUCGGGUCAGCUACCACCUGGGUCUGGAAAUUGCACCAUGGGUCUCACCAAGCAAUAUCUGCGCUACACAGCUAGUGCAUUGUUUGGAGUGAUUGCCAGCCAGAAAGGCAACAUCAUCUAUGUGACCCUGCGGGGCGAAAAGGGCCGCUAUGUGGCAGUGCCAGCUUGUGAGCAUGUCUUCAUCUGGGACACCCGGAAAGGCGAGAAGGUUCUCAUCCUUCAGGGUCUCAAGCAGGAGGUCACUUCUCUCUGCCCAUCCCCAGAUGGGUUGCACUUGGCCGUUGGGUAUGAGGAUGGAUCGAUCCGUGUCUUCAGCCUCCUGAGUGGUGAAGGGAAUGUCACUUUCAAUGGACAUAAGGCUUCAGUUACGACUCUGCAGUAUGAUCAGCUGGGAGGCAGACUGGUGUCUGGCUCAAAGGACACAGACGUCAUUGUGUGGGAUGUCAUCAAUGAAAGUGGGUUGUACCGGCUGAGGGGGCACAAGGAUGCUGUCACGCAGGCGCUCUUCUUGAGAGAGAAGAAUCUUCUGGUUACCAGUGGUAAAGACACCUUGGUGAAGUGGUGGGACUUGGAUACGCAGCACUGCUUCAAAACACUGGUUGGACACCGUACUGAGGUGUGGGGACUAGCCUUUGUGUCGCAAGAGAAGCGUCUCAUCACUGGCGCUGCAGACAGUGAGCUCAGGGUGUGGAACAUCACCUACAUCCAGGAGCAGGCAACAGACCCUAAUGAACCAGAAUCCAAGAAAAGCAAAGGGUCUCCAGCUGCAGCAGAAAAGACUUCUGAAGUGGAUGAGACCUCAGCCCUGGAUGAGAUGCUGGAGGAGCGCCUCCUGAGGUGCAACAAAGCUGGCUCCAUCAUGCGGGCAGGAAGAGACCGAGUCGUUACUCUUGCCACUGACCGGACAGGCAGGAUCCUAGCCUGCCAUGGAACGGACUCUGUUCUGGAAGUGUUUUGUGUCCUUACCGAGGAUGAAAUCUGCAAGAAAAUGGAAAAGAAAAUGAGAAAAGCAAAGAAAAAAGCCAAACUGAAGUCUGAGGAGGAGAAAGAGGAGCCUGAAGGAAGCGUUGAGAUGAGUCUGCAAGAAGAGAUUCAGCGAGUCACUAGCAUCAAAGCUUCUGCUAAAAUUAAGUCGUUUGACUUGAUUCUGUCUCCGAAAGGAGAGCUGAAGGCCACCUUACUGCUCCAGAACAACACCAUCGAGUCCUACAUCCUGAACCCAUCAGCACAGGUCCCCCAAGUUGUCCGUGCAUCCAAGAUAACCAUUGGAGGUCACCGCAGCGAUGUCAGGACACUGGCUUUUAGCUCUGACAACAUUGCUGUCCUCUCAGCUGCUGCUGAAUCUGUUAAGAUCUGGAACAGGUCGACCUUGCAGUGUAUCCGGACCAUGGCGUGCGAGUAUGCGCUCUGCUCACUCUUUGUCCCGGGAGAUCGGCAGAUCAUCAUAGGAACUAAGACAGGGAAGCUGCAGCUGUAUGAUUUGGCCUCUGGGAGUCUGCUGGAGACGCUUGCAGCGCACGAUGGGGCACUGUGGUCCAUCUCCCUCUCACCAGACCAGCGUGGCUUUGUAACAGGAGGUGCUGAUAAAUGUGUCAAGUUUUGGGAUUUUGAGCUGGUGAAGGAUGAGAAUAGCACACAAAAGAGGCUUUCCGUGAAGCAGACACGCAUCUUGCAGCUGGAUGAGGACGUUCUCUGUGUGCGUUACAGCCCCAACCAGAAGCUGCUGGCCGUCUCCUUAUUGGAUUGCACUGUGAAAAUCUUCUACACAGACACGCUCAAGUUUUUCCUGUCUCUGUAUGGACACAAGCUGCCGGUGCUCUGUAUGGAUAUCUCCUAUGACGGAGCCUUAAUUGCAACUGGCUCUGCUGAUAGGAAUGUGAAGAUCUGGGGCUUGGACUUCGGCGACUGUCACCGAUCUCUCUUUGCUCAUGAUGACAGUGUGAUGACCCUCCAGUUUGUGCACAAGUCCCAUCUCUUCUUCACAGCUGGGAAGGACCACAAGAUUAAGCAGUGGGAUGCGGAUAAGUUUGAGCACAUUCAGACCCUGGAGGGACACCACCAGGAGGUGUGGUGCUUGGCACUCAGUCCGAACGGAGACUACAUUGUGUCUUCAUCGCAUGAUAAAUCCCUGCGCCUUUGGGAAAGGACGAGGGAGCCACUCAUCCUGGAAGAGGAGAGGGAGAUGCAAAGGGAAGCUGAAUACGAGGAGAGCGUGGCCAAGGAAGAACAGCCUGUGGUGGCUGGUGAGACCCAGGGAGAGACUGGAUUAGCAGGAAAGAAGACCAUUGAAACUGUCAAAGCGGCUGAGCGGAUCAUGGAAGCUAUUGAGCUGUACAGAGAAGAGACUGCAAAACUGAAGGAGCACCAGGCCAUAUGUAAAGCUGCUGGGAAAGAGGUUCCCCUUCCUGUCAACCCCAUCCUUCAGGCCUAUGGAAAUAUUUCACCUUCAGCAUACGUGCUAGAAGUUUUCAAGAAAGUCAAGUCAAGUGAGCUGGAGGAGUCUCUGCUGGUGUUGCCCUUCUCGUAUGUGCCUGACCUGUUUGUGCUCUUUAAUGAGCAUGUCCAGCGGGGCUCGGAGGUGGAACUCCUCUGCCGUGCGCUCCUCUUUCUGCUCAGGAUACACUUUGGGCGCAUCACAAGCAAUCAGCUGCUCGUGACAGUGAUAGAGAAUCUGAAGAAAACCACCAUUUCCAGAGUCAGCGAGGUCAGGAAUGUGCUGGGCUUCAAUAUGGCUGGACUGCAGUUCCUGAAGAGAGAGAUUGAGGCCAAGGACGAGGUGACUUUCUUUGCUGAUGCGACCGACCGUUUUGAGGAGAAGAGGAGGAAGAGGAAGAAAAAAGAGAAGCUGGUUCUCGCGAUGGUGUAGCUUUUGCUGUCCAUAAUGCAGGGCAGAGCGUAGGGCUCAUGAAGCCUUCAUGUGUGCAAGGGAGGCUUUUUGAGGGCUAGUGGGCCCUGAAAGUGUUUGAUUUAGUGACUGAAGCGGACUCCAGCAGGUCUGCUCCCACUCUGGCAUGCACAGAGGGUGUGUUAAUUCCCUCCAGGACACAUCACAAACCCGGGGUGGAGUGAGUCCCAUUCCCUGGCUUGGAUGGAACUUCCUGAACUCUGCUGGACAUGUUUACAUUUGAAUGUUGAAUCUGAGGCCUGUCUCAAAGCUGCAGCCUGUCCCUUAGACCAGCAGCCAUUAGAAAUGGCUUGAUUUCUUCCUCUAUAGAGAUAUGAUUUGCUCUCAGUGUUUUAACUGAGGGUUUGUCUACACUGGCAAUUUAUAGCGCUGCAGCUUUCUCAUUAGCAUGUGAAAAAACACCCCCCAAAGUGCAGCAAGUUUCAGCGCUGUAAAGUGCCAGUGUAAACAGUGCACCAAUGCUGGGAGCCACGCUGGUAGCUACGCCUCUCGUGGAGGUGGUUUUUUUACCCAUGACUACACAAGCCACGUUAAAGCGCUGCCAUAGCAGCACUUCAGCGUUGCUAGUGUAGACUAGCCCUGAGUGUAGUUUGCAAACUGCUCCUAAAACCAUGCCCAGGGGCACGUGGCAGGACUUUGUGCUGAUAUUGCAAAAGGGAGUGGUUUACUGGCUAUGUGGUCAGACUGCAUUCUCAUGGGCUGUUUCAAGGCCUGGCCCUUUCUGUUCCUGUCCCUUUAAAGUCUUACAAACAGAUAAACAACAGCGGCAGUCACGGCCAGCCCUGCAGCCUGGGUCCUUCAAGGGCAAACAGGCGGGGAAGAGGCGGUUUUGAUGGGACGCUGAGGGGUACCCAGGUAGCUCUCCAAGGGGGGAUCCCCUCUGCCCAAUAAAAUUUCCCUUCUGCAA